AGACACCGGAGAGAGAGAGAGAGAAGAAGAAUGGCGGUUUCCAAGGUGUCUUUUAUGGCUGUUUUUGCAGCUCUUGUUUUUGCUAUGGCCGCCUUACCUUCUGCCGUUGACGCACAGUCCUCUGCUCCCGCACCUGCUCCCACAAGCGAUGGGACGUCGAUCGAUCUAGGGAUUGCUUACGCGCUGAUGCUGGUUGCUCUGGUGCUAACCUACCUCAUUCACGCUGCUGAUUUUCUUUAGCUUUUAAGGGCCUGCGUUGCAUUUCAUAAUUUUGUGUGGUUUUAGUAGAUUUGGUGAUGAUGUGAAACCAUGAUUCUUUCAGAUUUGGGUGUAACUUUCAGAAUGAUGUAACUUUAGACAAAUUAAUUGUUGGAUUUCUUUUGAUGAGUUGAUGAUGUCAUUUAAUGUUUGGUUUCGGUAUCA